AUGACCACCAGCUCCUGCAAAUAUCAAAAUGCAUAUUCCAGUAUCCACAUUCCAAAGACGUACAGAUUUCUAGAGUCUUCUUUCAUGAAUAUACAGGGAAUGCCUUUGGUUCAGUUUAUUGUGAAAGAUAUGUUUAACAAAAUUACUCAUAGAACUCUUGGUGGUGCAAUUGCUGUUUCAUCCACUUUACGUUGGGAGACCGUUGAGGUGGAUUGUGUAGACACUGAGGGAAACUUGGCACAUGGAAAUGGUACAAUGCUACCUUCUGUUGAUGGCAGUCCUCUGGUCAAUGGAACUGGAAACCCACAGCUAAGAGCUGUAUUCUGGGUAGAUAACAAAAGAAAGUAUCAAUUGAAUGGCAAUGCAUUUGUGGUUCCUUUUCUGGAUUUGAGUAUGGUACACGUCAUUCCUCUCAGUGAAAGGGAUAGAGAAUGUCAUAGUUUAAACGUAUCAGCUUGUAUUUCGUGUGUUCGCCUUGGCGGAGGUAUGAACUAUGCUGAAGCCCUGCUCCAUCGAUUCGGAAUACUUGGCCCUGAUGGUGGUCCGGGAGAGGGUCUGUCUAAAGGAUUAAAGCAUUUAUCAGCAGGGCCAUUGUCAAAACUUUUCAAAGCAUCAGCUCUUACUGUUGAAAAUCUGAAAGAAGGUGAAAGUUCAGGAGAUGGGAGAGAUGGUCUUAUGCAAUUGGGAUUGCCAGAUGAUGUUGAUGUGUCUGUGGAAUUUAGAGACUGGUUAUUUGCUCUCGAAGGUGCACAGGAGAUGGCAGAAAGGUGGUGCUUUUACAGCCAUGAAGUUAUGAGCAGAGAAGAGAGGUGUUGGCACACAACUUUCCGGAGUUUGAGUGUAAAAGCAAGAAGUAGCCCAAAGGAAAUUCUGAAUGGCAAAGAAGAUUCACUGAGUACCCAUAAGUAUCCUGUGGAAUUGGUUAUAGUUAGUGUAGAAGGCUUGCAGACUCUGAAGCCUCAGGUCCAAAAGGGUUUACCUGAACAUGUCUUACCUGCAAAUGGGAUCAAAGAAAGUGCCAAGACAUGUGGAGGUAUAAAUGUUGAAGCUCGUUUGAUUAUAUUGGAGGACAGUGCUGAGAAUGAAAUGGUCAGCUGGAUGGUGGAGAACUUGAAAUUUUCUGUUAAGGAACCGAUUGAAGCCGUUGUAACAAAGGAUGAGCUUCAACACCUUGCUUUGCUGUGCAAGUCUGAAGUUGAUUCAAUGGGUCGGAUCACUGCUGGAGUCCUGCGGCUACUCAAGCUGGAAAAGUCAAUUGGCCAGGCUGCCAUAAAUCAACUCAGCAAUCUUGGGAGUGAGGGAUUGGAACAAAUUUUCUCCCCGAAGCACAGCAGGGGUAAUACUGGUCGUAGUACCCCAGCAUUUUUUACUAAUGAAAGCCCUAUUGCAACGCUGGAAUCAACAUUGGCUUCACUUGAGAAGGCAGUUUUGGAUUCCCAGGCCAAGUGUGCAGCACUCAUUACCAACGUAGAUAGUUCAGAAUCUUCCAUUGACCAUCUUAGCAAUAUUAAGCAACUCAGUGAGAAACUUGAAAGCAUGCAGAGUUUGUUGGCACGAUUGUGGACUCAGAAGGUGCUACGAGAGAAAGACUGUUUAAUUAAUCCUGUUAUCAUUCGUACAACAAGAGGGGUCGAAAUGGUAGACUUUCGGCCCAAAUAUUUGAUGAGAAAUGGGACACUGGAGCACAUGAUGAUCACAACAGUGGCCGUCCAUUGGCUCUCUGGAUCUAUAACCAAGAACAAUCCAAGUCUGAAAGCAACCAAUGUUCCUCCACGUACUAUAUACAGCAAAUUCUUGCUGUAUAUUAUAGCUGAGCACAAGAAGGCAGGGUCACCAGCCAUAGCCAGAACUAAGAAGGUUCGUGGCUGUUAG